AUGGCAGAGCUCCCGUCUGGACUGCUGGAGGCAUGUGUAGUGGUGGGGGCUCCCAGUGAUAAGCUUCGUGACGUACAUCAAAGCAAGUCAAGUGAGCUCCCCCUGCUGGAAGCUGAGGUACUGCAGGUCUUUGCCCCGCCCUUCGUUUCCAAGGAGACCAACUCAAGCCAUGCCAUUGGUCCAGCUUUCAGCCGUGUUCAGAGAAGGAGGAGCUUCAUCAAAAAGAAGAAGCGAGAUCGUGCUGUACAGUCACUGUCCAAUGGAGAAACAAACAGUCGCGACGAGGCGACAUCCGCGACAGAGGACAUCAGCGUUCCAAAGGAUCUGGACCUCAUCGCUUUGCCACAACUGUGUUUUCCUGGUGGUCUUCAUUUGGCCAGUGAGCAUAAAGAGGAUCGUUAUCACUUCCUGGUUUUCACUGACCUCUUUGGCAACCGAACCCAUGGAGUUGUUGUGCAGUACUACAGAGCUGUUCAGUCCUGCUUGGAAGGUGCUGUCCAGAACGGUCAUCGGUGGAAUUCAUCGAAGUCUCGUCUCUAUGUUCCCUUUUCUGUGUGCAUCAUCUCGAAGUUCCCUUAUUACAAUGCCCUGAAAGACUGUCUGUCAUGUCUACUCGUCCAGUUACGCACUGCAAGACAAGAUGACUUUGAGGAAACGAUCAAAGAGUUUUCAGCCAAGUUGUCUCUCGUGCCUUUACCACCUCCUGGACAACUGCAUGUGUCCUUUAGCCUUCGUCCUCUUCAAGUGGUUCUCCCAUCCAGAGAAGAUCAAGACAGCCCCAUAAUAGACAUCAACCUUCAUCUUCCACUCCUCUGUUUCACUCCCACAACAUUGCUCCAGGUCCUCUCCUGCCUCCUCCAAGAACAGAGAAUUGUAUUAUUCUCAUCUAACUGGGCCAAACUCACCCUGGUUGCAGAGUCUCUGCUGUUUUAUCUGCAGCCGCUAUCCUGGCAGCAUCCGUAUGUUCCUGUCUUGGCGAGAGGAAUGCUGGACUUCCUCAUGGCUCCUACCGCCUUCCUAAUGGGUUGUCACAUAAAUCAUUAUGAAGAAGUUGCCGGUGAGACAGAGGACCUAAUCUUAGUGAAUAUUGAUGAAGGCGUCGUCCAGUCUUCAUGGUCUGAAACCAUCAACCUGCCUGCCAUCCCCCAGACUGCUGCGGAGUGCUUUAUGUUAAGGACUGAGUGUCUCGUACUUCACUACGACCUGGAGUUGUGCCACUUUGGAACGGGCACGGACGUCAACACGCUUCAAUCCCACCGUCGAGGCUGGCAGAGAAAUCUUAACUCACAGAUACAAAACAUCACCCUGGAGUUAGUGGUCAACAUCUUUAGAGGCGUUCAGGAUUUUCUAAACCACGAACACAGAGUUUUUAACAGCGAGGAGUUUCUGAGAACGAGAGAACCUGAAGACCAGUUGUUUUACAAGAAGGUAUUAGAAACGCAUAUAUUUCACUCAUUCCUGCGAGACAGGCUGAACAAGAAACGAGAUGACUUCAGUCGAAUGGAGCAGAUGACACGUAACCAAGUGCAAAGGAAUCGUGCGCUGACCGAGUCUCCCCGUCGGCCUCCGAUGUCUGAACUGUCCCGCAGUGGCUACAGCCGCUACACCAGCCCUGACGGUAGACUGAGCAAAAGGCUGGGAGCCAGUCUGCCAAACCUGGAUCAACCCAUCAAUGAGUCUGUGACAAUGCCAGCCAUCAACUCCAACAGAUCACACUCCGUUCGGAACGCAACUCCUAAUAUCGGGUUGAAGUUUCCACAGAAGGUUGUGAAGGUUUUUCGUCUCCCAGAGUUCCCCCCGCCGCUGGCUUAUCAAUAUGUCCAGAACUAUUACACUGACAUGGUUUCUUCACUGAAGAAGGCUAUUGAUACUACGUCAUCAAGUGAAUCUGCUCUGUUGGCCAGAUACCAUUAUCUACGUGGUUUGGUGAACACUGUGUCCAACAAGCGUCUUGAUGCGUUGGAGGAUUUCCAGAGUCUUUACAAAACCGACGCAGAAAUCUUCCCUUCUCAGAUGGUUAAGUCUUUGGUUGAAUCUCUCCCAGAUGUUGAACGUUUACAGGCGGAAAGACGACCAGAGAUCAGAAGCCUUAUCAGUCGUGUUAAGAGAGAACAGGAGCGGGAGCGUGCAGUCAAGGGCAGCAAGCUGGAGGAAGGUGCCAUAAAGCACUUCCAGCUACCAAAAAAAUACAUGCUGUUAGAGGAAUUUGUGAAAUGUGUCCAGGAGUCGGGGAUUGUAAAAGACCAAGGAACCAUUCAUAGACUGUUUGAUGCUCUAACUGUUGGCCAUCAGAAGCAGGUUGGUCCAGAUUUAUUCCGAGUGUUUUACACCAUUUGGAAAGAGACUGAGGCUGAGGCUCAGGAGGUCUGUCUGCCAGCGUCUGUGUUGGAGCACAUCGAUGCAACCGAGUGCGUCUUUAAGCUUUCAUCUUCGGUGAAAACGAGUCGUGGCGUGGGGAAGAUAGCCAUGACACAACGACGGCUUUUCUUGCUGACAGAUGGAAGACCGGGAUAUGUUGAGGUGGCACAAUACAGAGAUUUAGAGGAGGUGAAGGUUUCCUCUGCUCCUUUGCUGCUUCUACGAAUCCCCAGCUUGAAGCUUCGGGUUGUAGGAAGAAAGGAGGCAUUCGAGGCUAAUUUGAAAACGGAGACUGAGCUUUGGCACCUGAUGGUCAAAGAAAUGUGGGCUGGCCGACUCAUCGCCGACCAACACAAGGAUCCUCAGUACAUGCAGCAGGCUCUGACCAACGCCUUGUUGAUGGAUGCUGUUGUGGGCUGCCUUCAGAGCAGCAAGGCCAUCUAUGCUGCUUCAAAGCUGGCUCAGUUUGACCGCAUCAAGAUGGAAGUUCCGAUGAUGAUUCCCAAAACGACUGCAGAGAUGCUGAAGCAUAAAAUAAAUCUUUCUGUGGAACUCGCUGCACCUCAGGCUGUGGAUGUCCUUUUGUACACACCAGGUCAGUUGUGGGUGUCUGCGAGUGGAGGGAAGGUGAUGGUGUUUGAUGCCUCCACCUGGUCUCUAAUGCACACCUGUCAAGUUGGGAAUGCAAGAGUGAACUGCAUCCUGGGAGUUGACAAGGAUCAGGUCUGGAUGGGCUCUGAGGACUGCGUCAUCUACAUCAUCAGCGUGUUGUCCAUGGUCUGCAACAGGCAGCUGACUGAACACAGGGCAGAGGUCACUGGACUGGCCCUGGAUACUGACAAGUACAGCCAGAAAGUGGCGUACUCCUGCAGUGCCGAGGGAACCGUUAUGGUCUGGGACAUCUCCACUCUACAGGUUAAGAGGCAGUUUCGACUCUCCUGCGAUCGCCUGCUGUCCGUCUACAGCUGCGGCAAAAUGCUCUGGUGUUGUUCAAGGGACAGUAUACUGGAGGUGUGGAGGAACGGGAAUUUAAAACAUUGUAUAAACUUUCCAGAACAACAAAGAGCCACAUUAAGCUCUGCUCUGCUCUUACCUGAGCAAGAGGAGCUGUGGUGUGUGUUUGCAGAUGCCACAGAAGUGUACAUAUGGCAUACUAAAGACACUACGAAGCCGUUCCACCGCAUGGUGCUUCCAGACUGCAGUGGAUGCUACUGCAUGAUUAAAGUUAAAAAACAGGUGUGGAUUGGUGGAUUGAGCCGCAGUUCAACUAAAGGGAAGGUUUAUAUCAUAGACUCCGAGCGCUACGAGAUCCUGAAGGAGCUCCAGGGUCACAGUGACAGAGUUACGGCGCUCUGCUCAGCCGAGGAUCGAUAUGUUCUGAGCGGAGCUGGCAGCCAUGAUGGAAAGGUCGCCAUCUGGAAGGUGGAGUAGAACGAAGUGGAAUCAGACGUUUUAGAGUUGGUUCUGAAAGCCUCCGCUCUCCUCACACAGCUUCUUCUGAGCCGUUUUUUUUUUUUUAAAGUUUGAGAAAACUAAGGGAAGAUCUCCAUGUGGGGAAUACAGCAAAGACAAUUUCACAUAUUAUAUAUGAAGGACUGGCAUAUGAAGCAACACGUUUACAUGAAGUAUCACCAGGUGUGAAGCUUUUUCGUUCUUCAUCUAAAAAAAUUGCAGGACUGCCGAUUUAUUUUUCAUAAGAUGAGUGGAAAAACGACUGAAGUGCAAUGACUGAGAGCAAGUUCUGCUGUUGAAUCCAAAGCGCUCCAUUUUUUUCUUCUGAAUGUUUAAAUAUGUGCUUGUACUCAUAGACCAUGUGCAAUGUGGGAACGUUAUGUGGCCGAGCUUCACUUCCAGCUGUGGGCUCGACAUGAAAAUCUGUAGCUCAGAGGAGUCGGACUACCAUGAAAACACAACUCAUGUUGGAGAUUUCACCAACACUGUGGGAAAGCACCAACAGGAGUUUGUUUGUGGACAUUGUGCUUUAAUGGUAAUAUGAUGAUGUGUGGCAAUGG